GCUAGCAGAGGUUACCCUGAGUGUUUUAACAGGGAAUAUUUACAGCCUAAUAGUUCGGAAGAGAUGAUUGCACUAAUUUUCGUUUCUGCCCUGCUGUGGGACAAGGCUCAAGCAUGGGGAUUCAAGGACGGAGUGCUGCAUAACUCCAUUUGGUUAGAACGAGCAGCUGGAGUGUAUCACAGGGAGGCACGCUCUGGGAAGUACCAGCUCACCUAUGCAGAAGCAAAAGCCGUCUGUGAAUACGAGGGAGGACACCUAGCCACGUAUCAGCAGCUGGAGGCAGCAAGAAAAAUAGGUUUCCACGUGUGUGCUGCUGGCUGGAUGGCAAAGGGCAGAGUUGGUUACCCCAUAGUAAAAGCUGGUGCCAACUGUGGCUUUGGAAAAACGGGUAUUGUUGAUUACGGGUUUCGCCUCAACAGAAGCGAGAGAUGGGAUGCCUACUGCUACAACCCUAACGGAAAAGAAUGUGGUGGAGUCUUCACAGAUUCAAAACAUGUUUUUAAGUCACCGGGCUACCCAAAUGAGUAUGAAAACGAGCAAAUUUGCUACUGGCAUAUUAGAGUAAAGUAUGGACAACGUAUUCAUCUACAGUUUCUAGAGUUUGACGUUGAAGACGACACUGCUUGUAUGGCUGAUUUCUUGGAGAUCUAUGAUAGCUAUGAUGAUAUCAGUGGCUUUGUGGGCAGGUUUUGUGGAGAUGAGUUGCCAGACGACAUCAUUAGCACAGGCAAUGUUAUGACCUUGAAGUUUUUGACAGAUGCCUCAGUGACUGCUGGUGGUUUUCAAAUUAGGUAUAUGACUAUGGACAUGCCUUCAAAGUUAAGUGAUGGGAAGAAUACAACAUCCCAAGGGAAAACAAACUUCUUAUCUGGGAAAUUUGGUAUUAUGUGAGCAGAGUAGUGAGAUACGCUCAUUAAGAAACAUGUUUUAGAACUCAAUUCAGAUUCCUGUUUCUUCAGAUAAGACAUUUUCUUCAUAACUUUCUGACUUUUUAUUUUCUGCUUUUAUAUAAGUUUUGUUAAUAAAGUAUACUAGGAAAUAAAUUAUAAAAUAUACUUACAUGAAUAAUAGAAGACUAUUUUUUCAUUACAAGUACUGUAAAAAUCUGAAGAACUCAUUGUUACCAAAGAUUUUAAAAGUAUUUUUCUAUAUAAACUGCUCCUUCUCCUCAUUUCUUGCACCAUUUGAUCAAAAUUUUUGUGUGACUGUUUCAAUUUUUUUUUUAAAUUUAAUUUGCUGUUCUAUCCUUAUUUUCCUUUAGAGUAAGCUUAUUUUUAAAAUACAUAAAUUCAUCUUGUGGAUGGCCUAGAAGCCACCCAUGUGAUUGUCUGAAGUCAAAAGACUGGGAAGCAGCAUGAAAAGCACAGAGUCAAUUAUAUUAUCAUCAUAAUUUUGUUGUGAGAUGAAUCAGAAACUACUCAAUUAAUUUUGUCAGGGUUUCCUCAUCCAGAGAAGAGAUGUUCAAGUCCUUUUACUUCUCUGAUUUCACUUAGUAAAGAAUCAAAUGAAAUCAAAUGAAAUUGCAUCAGAAGCAAUUGCUAAUCGAGUACCAGCAAAUCUGUUCGGAAGAUCCUGUCGAGAUGCUGUAUGUUGUUUACACGGGUUUUAAAAAGGCUGUACUAUUUUGAAUUGAUGAGCAUGAAUCAUUCUCCGUAUGUUUUUAACUUCAGUUUAAAUUCCUCAGUCUGAAGCAGCA